ACGUCAGUGGGCCAUAUGCAUGUGUGUUGUGUAGUAAAAUUUUUAUUGCGCUGUGACAGGCCCGAAAAAUGUCCUAUCUGAAUACAAACUUGAAAGGAUUUUAUAAAAGUUACUAUAAGUGGGUUAGCGAAAACCCAUCUGUAGUUGGGGACGUGGAAACAACAAUUAAAUGGGCAUCAUAUUUCAUAGCUGGUCGCUUCAGCAACUCAAAUGUCAUUUCCGAGUUAAUCUACUCUCUAUCUAACCUAUUAGUUUUGUUUAAUGAUCGUAUUAUUGAUGAAAGCCUGUGUCAGGAGGCGACACAAGAUUCACGAAAGCAGCGAUUGAAACUGAUACUCACAACGCUUGAAUAUUGUGAAGUUUUCAUUGAACUCUCGGCUAAAAGCCAAUGGGGUGAACCUGGCAAAUGGUUAAUUUGUGGAAUUAUCCAAUUAUUAAAAUGCAUUGGAAGGUGGAUCUUGCUUUCGAAAUACUGCCAAAAGAUUGUAAAGAAUCCACUUAUUCCUGUACUUAAUCGUACAGAAAGAAUCAAAGUACGGACUCCAUCGGAAGGAGAUGUUUUUUCUGGUGUACAAGGUGUGUAUACCUUCAAGCUCAGACGAUCUGGACGGGUUGUGAGGAAGAUUGAAGGAGCACAACCUUUCUAUUUGAGAGACGGAAAAUCUCUUCAAGAUCAGACAAAUCUUACACUUGAGAAUGGUACAUUCCUCACUACUCCAGAAAUGCUAUACAUCGUCAAACCGCUCAUCCACUUAGCAUCUGUAGCAGCUUUUGGAAAUCAUAGCUGGAAAACUUGGCUGCUACCGCUAAUGAUAGACAUCACAAGUUUGCAAUUAUAUUAUGUGAAUCGCGAAAAGUUAUCCCAGGAACAGAAACUUGAACUCUCUCGACGAUGCCUGACUCUUUUCAUGUACAUUAUGCGAUCACCCUUCUAUGAGAAGUACACGGGACGUCGAAUUGAUGGAAUUUUAACAGGCCUCUCCCGGACCAUUCCCUUUGCAAAAAAUAUCUGCUAUCCCCUGAGUCAAUACAUUCCUAGAUGGCAAAAAACAUAUUUUUACACAUGGUCAACGUAGUUUCCUUUUCAAUAAGUUUUGGUGGUAUUAGUAGCGGAAAGCUAUAAUAAUAACUAAUCAAUUUAAUAAUUGUACCAAUAAAUAUUGUUAUUAUAAAAACAAUAAACAAGAACUACUUUAAUCCUA